UAGGCCAGGUGGACUGGGAGCCGAGGUAACCAGAAGCUGCUGCCCGAGGCUCUUCCCCAGCCUUCAGAGCUCAGGACGCGCGUGCAGAGAGAGGGCGCCAGCAGCUGGGCCAGCUGCGUUCUGACCUCGGGCACUGCUGUCUGAAUCUCUGAGAGCGCGCUCCUGCCAACCUCAGCCCGAAGUCGGCCACCAUGGAGGCGCAGGCACAAGGUUUGUUGGAGACUGAACCACUGCAAGAAAGAGAUGAAGACGCAGUAGCCAGUGCCGACUUCUCUAGCAUGCUCUCUGAGGAGGAAAAGCAAGAGUUAAAGGCAGAAUUAGUUCAGCUAGAGGACGAAAUUACAACAUUACGGCAAGUUUUAUCGGCGAAAGAAAGGCAUCUGGUUGAGAUCAAACAAAAGCUGGGCAUGAACCUGAUGAAUGAAUUAAAACAGAACUUCAGCAAAAGCUGGCACGACAUGCAGACUACUACUGCCUACAAGAAGACACACGAGACCCUGAGUCACGCAGGACAGAAGGCAACUGCUGCAUUCAGCAAUGUUGGAACAGCCAUCAGCAAGAAGUUUGGAGACAUGAGGUCUCACUCCAUCGGCUACUCCAUCCGCCAUUCCAUAAGUAUGCCUGCUAUGAGGAAUUCUCCUACUUUCAAAUCAUUUGAGGAGAGGGUUGAGACAACUGUCACAAGUCUUAAGACGAAAGUAGGCGGGACGAACCACAGUGGAGGCAGCUUUGAAGAGGUCCUCAGCUCCACGGCCCACGCCAGCGCGCAGGACUCGGGGAGCGUCCCCCGGCGGGCAGAGGAGGAACUGCAGUGCUAGGGCUGCCAGCCCGCCCCAGUCUGCAGCGGCCAUUGACCCGCGCACACGCGUAUGAAGACCAAAAUCUCACUGAGCAAACCCAGGCCUUGACCUUCAAACAGGCUCUCCACACAGUUUAAUAAAGUGAUUUCCAUUUAUAUGUGUGUGGAUCAUGGACCACUGACCACACUCUUCAGUAUUCACAGAUCACCCGGCAUCUUUUAAAAUGUCCUGAUUUGAGCAGGUACACAUUUGGUCAUGACCCUUCUCUGUGUAAUUCAAACUUAUUUUCCAGACGUGAGCUAUUAAUUACUUGCUGUGAUAUUUGCUUGGAUGCCAUUACAAUGCGCAUGUGUUUGAAGGCUGAGUGAGCACCCCGUUUCCGUUCAGUCAGUCCACCGGAGUCAGUCUGUCCUCCAGCAAAAGGAUGACACUUGGAUAUUUCGCCAGACUGCUUGUGGUCCCCCUCACCUACAUCAGUUACAUCUGUUAUUUAAGCAAUUAAAAUAAUUGAUUC